AUGCAAGAGCAAUGCCCCGUUUCGUGCAAGGAAGAUGACUGCAAGGAUCUUCAUGUGAGAUGUCCCGCUUGGUCCCAGAUUAAGGACAACUGUGUCGAUAAUCCUGAUAUGCGAAAGUACUGUGGAAAGAGCUGCAAUGCUUGCGAGGAACAAGCAGCUGCCAAUGCGACUGGCUCGGAUGAGGAUGACGAGGAUGUGAUGCCAUGUGUGGACGAACAUACGAACUGUCGCUAUUGGGCAGAUAAAGGGAUGAAUGAGAAUUGUGCUAGAAGUUGCACGGCAUGUGAAAAGAUUAAGCAACGAAAGACAAAGGAGUACCCUGCCUCAACAGAGGAGUUGGCAGUUGAUACCGAUGUGAUUUUGGAGGAAUCGGCCAGCUUUGGAGAAAAGCAAGUGGCGGAUGGCGGGGAACGUCGACAGACGAUUGCUCGAGUCAAGGCAACCAUUGACUAUAUGGCGUCAGAGAAAUUUACAAAACUAUCGCCCGCAAUCAAGGAAUCUUGCAUGAAUCGGAAUGAACUUUGUGCGUUCUGGGCCAUCUUGGGUGAAUGCGAAAAAAAUGAGGCGUACAUGGUCAUCCAGUGUGCCCCAUCGUGUUAUUCAUGUCAUCUCAUCGAUAUUAGUGCGCGUUGUCCCGUGGAUGCCGAUGCUGUCCCUGGGCUUGAACCCGGAACACUGAACAAAAUGUUUGAACGAAUUGUGGAAACCGCACCGGGAAAUCGUACUUUGACGGACGAGGAACGCGAAGAACUGAAGCAAAAUGAAAUGACAGAAUACACCGUCGAAGUAAUCUCGCGUCCAAGUGACGAACCUUCGACCGAAGUCAGUGCCAAGAAUGACAAGCUACCUCCAUGGGUGGUUGUGUUUGAAAAUUUUAUAUCGGACGAAGAGUGCGACGAAAUGAUCCAAUUGGGGUACAAGCAUGAAUACAAGCGAAGUGCUGACGUUGGCAAGCUCAAAUUUGACGGGACACACGAGAGUAUCGAGAAUAGCCGACGUACUUCAGAAAAUGCUUGGUGCUCUGGGCAUUUGGGGUGCCGAAACGCAACCGUUCCAACCAGAUUGCACAAUCGAAUGUCAAAAGUACUUGAUAUCCCCGCUGAUAAUGGAGAAGACAUGCAGAUUCUGAAGUAUGAAAAGGGUCAAUUCUAUCGGACACAUCAUGAUUUCAUCGAACAUCAAGUGGAUCGGCCAUGUGGACCGAGGAUUCUAACAUUCUUCCUCUAUUUGAGUGAUGUCGAAGAAGGUGGUGGUACCAACUUUCCAGAUCUAGGCAUCACCGUUGAACCAAAGAAGGGACGAGCCUUGCUUUGGCCAUCAGUCUAUGACUCGAAUCCAAAGAAGGAUGAUCCUCGAAUGAGACAUCAAGCUCUUCCAGUGAAAGAAGGAACGAAGUUUGCGGCCAAUAGCUGGAUUCACCUCUAUGACUACCAGGCGGCCCAAAAGAAGGGAUGUCACUAA